AUGCAAUACAUCUAAACUCCAGUAUUCUCAAAUUCACAUCUCAGAGAAGAGAUAAUUCGUAGUGUAUUAUUUAUUAAUUGUGGUGGAAUCUUAAACCAUACUACUUUUUGGUAUUACAAGCCAACAAGCAAAGUUUAGCUUUUUAUUUUCGACUCUCACAGACCUUUCAAUCACUUCACUUUAAUUGACCCACUAAAGAAGGUGUACAUAAUUCACGACGGUUGCAAAUCAUUCGAUGAGUUCCCAACUCAAGAAGAUCAGAUGAUUUAUCAGUAACUGUAAAACGAAGACUCUGAUUCAGAUGAAGAUGAAGAAGAGGAUGAAGACUCCGAAGAUGAGGAGGUAAAAGAAGAAUUGGAAAAUUUAAAGGACUCUGAAAACGAGGAAGCUGCUGAAUCAGAUGAAGAUGUGUAUGGAGAAAGAGUAGAAAAGAGAAAAGAUGAGGAUGAAGAAGCAGAAGUAGUUGAUGGUGGAGAUGAAGAAAUGCAUGAAGUUAAGGUUGGGUAGAAAAGACAAAGAGACGAAAAAGAACAGAUUCAAGAUAGGAGAAAGCUGAAGCGUCAAAAGAGAAUGAAGUUCAGAAAUUACUAUAAUGGGCAAUUUUACUAUAAAUGCUGCUCAUAUCUAAUGUACUAAGUGAGUCAAUCACUUAAUAGAGAGACAAGAGAGAUGCUUUGGUUAUGGAUUGUAGGAAUGACUGACUUGAUUAUUCACUACAAGCAAUCAAGUUACAACUACUCUGAAGAUGAACUCCUAUGUGAUGAGGAAGUCCAAAGACUUAACCCAAAUAUCUACAACAUUGAUAUUAAUGAAGACGAUUUCGACUAAAAUGAUGAUGAGAACAACAAUGGGGCGAGAAAGAGAGAGCAAGAUCUUUUUAAGAUGAUUUCUUUACAGUCAAGAAACAAGGAAAUAGGCACUAUUAGUAUGGAAACUGAACUUAGACUAAUGCUUCUCAGACAUUGGAGCUUAUAUGAAAGUAUGUGCAACUCUAACUAUCUAGUUGCUAAAAUGACACUUUGGAAGGAGCCAGGACAGAAGCAAAUGAGAAGAUUCCUAGCUACUGUAGGCAUUUCUCUUGAAGAAGCUAAAUAAAGUUAUGGGUUUAUGGAACCUGGUGUAAGAAAUACUCUCAAGCAAAGGAUCUCAGAUGCUUCUUUAGAUUUCUCAUUGGAUAACAUUAUGCAAAAGACUUACAUGCUACAACUUGAUUCAAAGACUCAGAUUCUUGCAACAGAUAUGGCCUAUGCUCUGACUAGUAUUCUUGAAAGCCCAAGAAAUCUUACCAAUAAAUAAUUCCAAUCCUCCCUCGUAAAAUUUGAAGAAGGUAAAAGCUAUAGUGAUGUUAGCAAUUUACUUUCAAACAGAGUUCAAGGAACACUGAAUCAAAGCACUCUUCUAAUGAAAGAAAUAGAACAAAGAGAGCAUCUUGAAUAUAUCUAGCAGUGUAAAUAUGACAACUUCUAUGUUGCCUUAGAUGCUCUAGACAAGAAUAGAAAGAACCUCCUUGAGAAAGGUAUAGACCUAGCGAAGGAUAUCCAAAAGGCCAUUAUCCACGUGGGAACUUCCAUCAUUGACAAGAAACAGAUUAAGAUUGCUAAUAGAUUCAGAUAUGUGAUGAUUGAUAACGAUUACUUGAAGGAUGUUGAGCUAUUCUAAUAUCCUUUAGCACUUUAAAAACUAGCUCUAUUCCUUAUGGAAACUUACAAGGCCAUCAAAUUAAACUCUAAAGAAAAGCCUUUGAUCAUAUCAGUUAGGAACUCAAAGAAAGGCACUACAAUGAUUUGUGCAGUACUUGGACAGUCAAUUGAAGUUGACUACGGAAGAAACAACUUCAAUGAUUUCUUCAGACAGAUAGUAGAGAGUAAAAAUCUAAAAGCAAAACAUGAUGCAUUCGACACCUCAAUUAUUGAAAUUAGAAACGAAGAUUUUAGAGCAUUUAUAGAUGAGUUGUCAAACUCUAAUUGA